CGUCAUAGCCUAGACCUAUCUGGGCCUCUUUGGGUUCUAUGCCGCGUCUGUGGGCUUUGGAGGGAUACAUUGCACACAUCGCCAGCGUCCUGGGCUCGGCAUGUCUUGGUGACAACCACUUUCUCCCUGCAUGCUCGUGAGAUAUUGCAGACCUAUCUCGAGCACACAGGCGAACACCCUCUCAGUCUGAUGGUCAUGAGUGACAGUGGCAGUGUCAUAAAAGAUGGCGAAAUCAUCCCCAAACUCGUUGAAUGUUGCCAUCGGUGGAAGAAUCUGCGCAUUCACGCUUCCAUACAUCAUAUGCGCUGCUUGGAUUCUAUAUCGCAUCUUCCCUUCCUGCAGACGAUUGAAAUGGAUAUCACCCGUGACUAUGACCAUAAAUAUCGCUCGAACAUAUGCUUGAAAGCCCCGCGGCUAUGGCAAGCAACCCUUCCAAGCCAGGGGAUAUCUCAAGUGAGGUUACCGACUGGGAUCACCCAUUAUUCCGGAAGUAUCACCUGCCGGGAAGAUUUACAGCUCCUUUCCCAGCUACCCAAGCUUAGAACCUGUCACCUCGAGUCCAAUUGGAUGUCGUCGGCCCCAACCGAGGCGCCGGUGGUUACGGCGGAGCUCUGCGAGCUUUACGUAGAGAAUCCAAAUGUCCUGAGCUUGCUAACGGCACCGAUACUCCAGAGUUUGACCAUUUGUACCUCGGAAUCGUUAUCCAGCAUUACCCUCUUCCUCCGUCGAUCCAGAUGCCAUCUCAAUAGCUUCAGUAUAUGCAUGGAUGUAUUGGAGUCAGAAUCGCUGGCUUCGAUCAGCAACAUGUUCUCAUCUGAAGCAUUUUCUACGAUCUCUCACCUCAAACUCGAAUUCGGAUCGGUAUGGCACAACAGUGCCAAGGCCCUCACCCCUUCCUCGAUCUUACCUAAUCUGUGCUAUCUCGUUCUCUGCUUUGAGAAUGAGUUUUUUUAUCUUACGCAGACGGAGCUGGUUCCUCUUUUCGAUAUGAUCCGCUCCCGCUGUAAAGCAAGACAGCUAAAAACAAUUGAAGUACAGUUCAAUGAUGAGGUGGGGGGCGAUUUUGACGAUCGCGAUAUAGAAGCCGACAUCCGAGCUCUUAUCGGGGACAAUUUGGAGAUGAGGGUGGAGAAGUGGAGCCCGCUGCAUCUGGACCACCGGUUGUUGUUUUGGGACCCAUGACUUCCAAUAAAAUACAAAUCGCCCACCACCACCAAGUUCAAACCGUUGCCUGUGUAUGAAGUCGCAAGACUCGCGUCAAGCCAUUCCUAACCCGCCACUAUUCCAUCUUCUGGCUUGAGACCGGAGCACUGAUUCUUAGUGACACGUUGACUAUCAUGAUGCGCACAGUAUGUGUCCAAUAUUUAUUGAGUACGAAAUGUCGAAUCGAUCUAUUGCUGGAGAACGCAACCAGAUGUACUUUUUAUAUUAACUGAGCUUUGAAUUUCAUUGUCA